AUGGAAAAAGACGAAAAAAGACCUUUUGGCAAAAUGGAUAUAUGGACUGAAGUUCCAAUGAAACCUGAAUACAAAUUCAUCUCAAAAAAUCGAAAGAUCUUUAAUGAAAUACAAGAAAGAUUCUUUGUUAAAAAUAACUAUUCAUCUCAAAGGAUCGAGGAGCAUCUGGCUGUUGGACAUGGGGGCACAAGAGCUACUUAUAAACAAGUAUCAGAUAAAUAUCAUAGUAUAAAAAGAUGCUUAGUUGAUAAAUUUGUUAAAAUGUGUAAAACAUGUAAAACACGCAGAUUAUCUAGCAAACCUUUAGCCAUAAGACCUAUUAUUAGCAAGUUUUUUAUGCAACGGCUUCAG